AUGAAUAAUCCUUACGGCUUCGAAGAUAAACGUGUCUAUGUGUGUUUGGAUCUGUUGGAUCAAGCCACAGAUAGACAAAAAGAAGUACAACUAAGAUUAGAUGCUUUGAACUCUCUUAAACAAUUAGUCGGAGAACAAGUUAAUAUAUUACAACCUGAUUUAUUAUAUAGAAUUAGUGGUUUAUUACGAGAUUCUGUAAAUGAAAUAAAAGAAUGGAUCGUAGAAUUUAUGGAGUUUGCUUUUAUGAAAAUUGGAUUAUCACGGACAUUACGGAAAGAUAGUUUAGAUAAAGUAUUACCUUCCAUAGGAUAUAUUAUCAACUACGAAUCUUCUCCUGCUAUAAUUAAAAAAGCGAUACUUUGGAAUUCAUCAGUUUAUCCAUUAAUAUUUGAAAGAGUAGCCGAAAAUACAUUAGAUUCCGCUUCUCUUUGGAAAAGUUCUUCAUCGAUUAAGUCUCAAGUUAUGAAAUAUUUUGAUUCGGAAAAUACGAAUCAAGGCAUUAGAAUCUGUGCUGUCAAGUACUUUGCAACUGUCGCAAAAGUUCAAUCUCGUCGUAUGCCGGAUUCAUUGCCUAGGCUCGAUGAAGACUUUUCUUUGUCUAAUUGUCAACCUUUACAUCCUGUAUUGGAUUUACAAUACCUUGAAAAAGAAUCAAUAUCAAUUGUUAAUGGAAUGAUGAUGAUGAUGCGAACCGAAUCAAACAGCGUCAUUACGGCUAUCAUCAAUGCAUUUGGACCUCUGUUAAGAGCAAGACCACAGUAUGUUUUAACAUUUGUAAACAAUGUGGUAUCAUGGACAAAAAUCCCGGAAAAGAAUUUGAGUUUAAGCGAAUUUCAAAUAAAAAGUGUUAAACGAUCGAUGAAGGUGCAGUUGAUGGCAUUAUUAAGAAUACAUGAAAAUUCGCCUUUCGUGAUGGAAAUAUUUAAUGCUGUAAUUGUAUUAGGAGGCAAGAACGAUCCCUCGAAAUUUCCAAGACAAUUUCGUAGGAAUUUACAACAAAGAGAAGCCAUGGAUGAAAAUGGUCGUGGAGUUGCACAAAGAUUUCCAAUCCAACAGCAAUCGAAUAUUAGUUUUGAUCCAUCACAAUUUGCUCUCCCUUUCGUCGUGGAAGUUAUUUGUUUGGUUUUGAAAACAAUUCCGCAAGAGAGAUUGAAUCAAACUAAAAAGGAAUAUACAGUCAAAGCUUGA